AACGUCGGACGGCGGCGUCCCCGCAGAGCGCGCUGCGGGCGGCUCCUGGCGUCCCGAACCCAGGUUGUGGCGUCUGGCACGAGCGUCGGAGGGACAUGGCGCGAACGUGGUUCUUGUUCCGUCCCGGGCUAGGCGGCCCCCGGUCCGGAGAACCCAGUUAGGAAGUGGGCCCCGGGUGCAUGGCGGCGAUGACGUCGUCACGGGGGGUCGGGGACCGUCCAGCGAUGCGUGGUCUUCUCGCUGACAGGUCGUGCGGUCGGCCAAGCGGCGGCCGCCGCCGCUGGAUCGGGAUUACACUACGCUGCGUCUACUGCUGGUUCGCUUGGAUCGCGGCGGCGCAGUCCGGCGUCCCAGAGUCCGGCCGGGGCUGCGAGUUCCCCGAGCGCUGGCUGGGCAUGUGGUUCCAGAAGGGCGCUCACCCGGCCAUCUCGAUCGAGCGACGCCAGCUCGCCUUCAAGGGCACCUGCGUGGAGACCGACGGAGACAUGUUCCUCAUCGAAGACAGCCGCGAGAGGUGUUUUCGCUGCGUUGCCAUCUACCAAAAGCAUCAUAAUGUCCUCCAGUACAGAGAAACAUACUGCGACGAGUUCGACAACCUGAAAGAAGCGUGCCAUCUUCUGAAUGUCGACGCCCAUUUACAUUCCUUGUUCAGAGUGGACGCGUCGCCCGUGGCCUGCCCGUUCCGGGGGCCGUUCACCUUCACGUACAACCGGGGCCACGGCGACUGCAAGAACCCGGUGUCGACGGUCGACUCGUGCACGGCCGACUGGCACAUCCUCUUCCGCUUCCAGGCCUGCGCCGACGUCCAGGGCACUGAGAGCAGCGUGGAAGAGCUGACCUGCCUGGCGACGUGGAAGGAAGGCUCCGCGUACUACCUGGUGGGAAAGAUGGUGCAGCGCAAGCUUCACGCGCUGCCCUACUCGGAUGGAGACAGCUACCGCUGCUUUGUGUUCGAGCACGUCGGCCACCAGAACGUCUACAAGCUGUCGCAGUCACCGGACGCCACGUGCGACGGACUCGUAUCCGCGUCCGAAGGCUCGCGUACAAUGACGCUCACCAAAAGUCGGCAGCCGAGCGCAGGCUGUCACUUCCCUGCCUGGACGGUGUCGAGCGCCUCUCCCGGCCGUCGCUGGCACUCGCUGGACGGCAGGCGCAGCUUCGCCUUCGGCCAGCGCGUGCUGCGCGUGCACCGGUCCCAGCACGGAGACCAGCAGCAGCCCGAGCUCAGGGUCACCUGUAUCCAGGAGCUGGCCCAGGGCCCCAACGCCAGCACCGUCGUGGGAUACAGCACGUCAGGAUGUAACAACGGAUACGUCUGCGUUGCGAUACAUCGCAGGGACUCCCACGUUCUGGAGGUGCAAAUGGGGGAGCUGAGUAGGACGGCAAGGGACGCCUGCCUGCCUCCGGCCUUUGAUCCGGAUUCUCAAGACUUUAUCACGCUUCUCGGUACGACUGCAGUUGCCUUUUAUUUUGGUACAAAGGGCUCGGCGUCCUCUCAUCCUUGCCCGUCGCUCGUGGGGACGGACGGGCUUCGCGCCACGGGCAGGGCCUCGUGGAAACCCGACGGGUGCCGAGACGUGCUCGGCUGUCGCAGGCACAGCCACCUGGAGUUCAGGACCGACGGCUGCGCCUCCCAGCAGCCACCAGCAGCGCAGUCGCUGGUCGCCAGCACGACGUUCCAGUGCCACGGGGGCUGGCAGGAGAAUGGCAAGAACUACCUCAUCACGGGCCUGAAGGGCUCCAAGGCAAAGUUCUGCUUCGUGUUUUCCGAAGGUGAGAAGAUGACGCAGCUGUCCGGUCUUCACGACACGUGUCGGCGGACGGUACUUCCAGGAGUCACCGGGAACCUCACCUUCAACAUAAGCGCCGCCGUUACCAUGUACAUGCAUAUUAAAGUUCAAAUGUGCUUGUUCAGUGAUCAGUGCAGGAAUGGGGAGUAUGAAAACGCCAUUUGA